CUUGAUCCCAAAAAGUUACUCAACACCAUGUCUUCCGAGCAAGCUGUCGCCGACAUCGGUCUGAUCGGUCUGGCCGUCAUGGGCCAGAACCUGAUCCUCAACAUGAACGACAAGGGAUUCACCGUAUGUGCUUACAACCGUACCACCAGCAAGGUCGACGACUUCCUGAACGACGAGGCCAAGGGCACCAAGAUUGUUGGUGCUCACUCGGUCGAGGAGUUCGUUGCCAAGCUCAAGCGCCCUCGUAAGAUGAUCAUCCUCGUAAAGGCCGGAUCUGCCGUCGAUGCCUUCAUCGACCAGCUCACCCCCCACCUCGAGAAGGGUGACAUCAUCAUCGACGGUGGUAACUCCCACUACCCCGACUCCAUCCGAAGGACCAAGGCUCUCGAGGCCAAGGGACUCCUCUUCGUUGGUGCCGGUGUGUCUGGUGGUGAGGAGGGUGCCCGCCACGGCCCUUCCAUCAUGCCUGGUGGUUCGGACGAGGCAUGGCCCCACCUCAAGGAGAUCUUCCAGAAGACUGCUGCUCAGUCUGAUGGUGAGGCCUGCUGUGAGUGGGUCGGUCAGACCGGUUCCGGCCACUACGUCAAGAUGGUGCACAACGGUAUCGAGUACGGAGACAUGCAGCUCAUCUGUGAGGCUUACGACAUCCUCAAGCGAGGACUGGGUCUCAAGGAGGCCGAGAUUGCCGACAUCUUCGAGAAGUGGAACACUGGUGUCCUCGACUCGUUCUUGAUCGAGAUCACUCGUGACAUUCUCAGGUUCAACGACGAUGACGGAGUUCCCCUCGUCACCAAGGUCCUCGACGCUGCUGGACAGAAGGGUACCGGAAAGUGGACUGCCAUUGACGCUCUGGACCUCGGACAGCCAGUAACUCUCAUCGGUGAGGCCGUCUUCGCCCGAUGCCUGUCGUCCCUCAAGGAGGAGCGUGUGCGUGCCUCCAAGGUUCUUGGUGGACCCAAGAUCGAGCCCUUCCAGGGCGACAAGCAGCAGUUCAUCGAUGACCUGGAGCAGGCCCUGUACGCCUCCAAGAUCAUCUCCUACUCUCAGGGUUUCAUCCUGAUGAACUCUGCUGCCAAGGCCAACGACUGGAAGCUCAACAAUGCCGGUAUUGCCCUGAUGUGGCGUGGAGGAUGCAUCAUCCGAUCCGUCUUCCUCAAGGACAUCACCAAUGCUUACCGCAAGAACCCCGAGCUGGAGAACCUCCUCUUCGACGACUUCUUCAACAAGGCCAUCCACAAGGCUCAGGACGGCUGGAGGCGAGUUGUGGCCAAGGCUAUUCUGCUUGGUAUCCCCACCCCCGCCUUCUCCACUGCCCUGGCCUUCUACGACGGUUACCGUACCGCCCAGCUCCCCGCUUCGCUGCUCCAGGCUCAGCGUGAUCUCUUCGGUGCCCACACCUUUGAGAUUGCCCCUGGAUUCGGCACCAAGGAGAGGCCCGAGGGUCAGCCCGUCCACGUCAACUGGACCGGAAGGGGAGGACGUGUGGCCAGCUCCACCUACCAGGCAUAAGCGCGUGCUCACACUUUCCUCUUUCGUGAGAGUGAAAAGGUGCGCAAUGGCUCUUGCCCUGUAGGAGGUUCAUUGGAGAAUUCAGAGAGGGAUAGGAAAGGAAUAAGGAAGGGAGGAGAACGAGGUCUCGUCUUCUUUUUUUUUUUUUUUUU